CCCUUCAGCUUCUUGCGGACUGUCCUCUUUCUUCUCAUCUCUCCAUGUCUAUAUAAACUUCCAGAAACUCUCAAUUACCAACUCACUUGUUUUCGCUCUCAAGGAAUUGUAAGGUUAUGCUCCUUGCAGUUUAGUAAAUUCAGCCACUAACAUGCAUAUAACUUAUACCAAACCAAUUCCAAAUUUUCACUCAUGCAGUUUCUGAUCACAAAUGGAGUGCAAGCAAACUUUUAAAAUUUUCUGCAAGGCAGGACUUGAAUUUGCCCUCACAAUAAGAGAUGGCGAGGUCGUCCUUGCUCCAUCUAAUAUAUUAGAUAAGAAUCAGCAUUGGUACAAAAUUGAUAAGAUCCACAAAAAGGAUGAUGAGGAUUUCCCAGCGUUUGUUUUAGUAAACCAAGCCACGGGUCAAUCCUUGCGUAAUGCCUGUAGAUGCGGUGAAUCUGUACAAUUGAGUUCAAAGGACCCAAAUGUUCAGGAUACUUAUUUACUUUGGACUGAAGGGAGUGUUUUGGAAAAUGGCUUUAGGGCAAUACGGAGUGCUAAUAACGCCUGGUUGUAUCUGGAUGCUUUUGGCGGGGACCCUUUUAGUGAGGGUUUUGUGCAAGAUGGCACCAAUGUUGUAGUUUGCAAUAGGAAUAAAAGUGACACUCAAUGUUGGAAGAUUCUUCCAUAUUGUAAGUUUCUCAAAAUUGAAUUCUAACAAGAGAGAGUUUCUCAUUGUUGAAACUUCAUAAAUUUAUUUCUUUUCUCAUCUCAUAAUUUUAAUUCUUACUAUUUUCCACACAAAUUUACAGCAGCACCAUUUAAAAUCUACUGUAAAUGCUCACCCAAUUUUUAUCUUACAAUAAGAGAUGGCAAAGCUAUACUAGCUCCAGCUAACCCCUUUGAUAAAUUCCAGGUAUAUGUAAGGCAAGGAGGGUGAUUUAAAUAUAAUCAGUUUCAUUCUUCCUUCCCCCUUGAAUGCCAUAUACUGAGUCAUAAUGUAGUAAUUCUUGAAUACCAUUUGUAUGAUGCUUCACAUUGGUUGCUGCAGCGCUGGUACAAGGAUAGGAAGUACAGCAAUAGAGUAAAAGAUGAGGAUGGUUUAGCAUCUUUUGCAUUGGCUAAUAAGGCUACUGGCCUAGCCAUUAAGCAUUCUGCUGCUGCUUAUCAACAUGUACAAUUGGUUUCCUACAACCCAACAGUUCUUGAUGAGUCUGUGUUAUGGACUCAGAAGAAGCUUUUGGAUGGUGAUUAUAAAACCAUAAGGAUGAUAAACAACCUGCGUCUAGUUUGGCAUGCUGCUGAUGAUGACGUCCAUGAUGGAACCAAUCUUAUAAACCACCCAUGGAAUGAAGAAGACAACCAACAAUGGAUUAUUGAACCAUACUGAAAUGUAGUGAGAUGGUGCAAGAUCCAAAAGGCGAAUUCUGUUGUGCUUACCAAAAUAGAGGACUUUACCAGUACAAGUUCUUGUGUAUUGUGCUCUGUUUUAACUUAUGAGUGCUAUUCAAACUUGUGGACAUGAUGAGUUUUCUUCUUUUUUUAAAAAAAAUUUUCUGAUUGUGGUUUCAGCAUUAACUGGCUAUUACUCAAAACACGAAGGCCCAUUUGAAAUAUUUAGGCUUUGCUUUUCUGAACGACGUUGUCUGACGAUAGUUGAGGUCAUUCUUCUAAAUUAUGUUAAGCCACUUAAACAACGUCGUACGUCAUCCUAGCUACCCGGCACCGUCCAUCCUCCGUCGUCCGUUGUAUACACUCUUAAGCAGUGCAGAGCAAGACUAUUUCCAG